AUGCGACGAUUUCUUAUUGAGAAGCAUAGUUUUUGUGAAGUUGAAACACCAACACUGUUCUGUCGGACCCCCGGUGGUGCUAGAGAGUUUGUGGUUCCUACUCAUCAUAGCGGUUUAUUUCACUCGCUAGUACAGAGCCCCCAGCAGUUCAAACAGAUGUUGAUGUCUGGUGGCAUUGAUAGAAUGUUCGCUAUCGGCGUAGGCGCAACGUCGCUUAUGACCUUAUUCACUCCACCGUUGGCGCACACCAGUACAGCUCUACUCAUUGCGGUCAGAGUGGUAGAAGGUCUAUUUGAGACUAUAUUCAUGGUCGCUGCAGCCUACGCAACUAGCGUGGUCGGUUGUAUUGUCUGUCUUACAAUAGCUGUCGGUCUUGGAGGCUUUGCUUGGUCGGGUUUCAGGUAA